AGAAUCGCGGUUCGAUCCAAGGAGGCAAAGCACUUGCAGCGAGGAUAGCUUACGAUGCAGUAGCAAGAGAUGUUUCCAUCAGGGAUAGGACGAGCCGCAUGAACCUGAAGCAUCCCGAGUCGUUCUUACAGUGCCCAGGUGACAUGCAUUCGCACAAUAUACGUGGGUUGAAAGCAGCAGCGGAAACACCUGGGCACCCAAUAACGCAGCCGAACGGACAUCUCCGCCUUGACGCCUCCAGGGUGAAACUCACGCCACCACUUUUACCACCACAUUUGCCCGGAAUCUCCGCCUGCUCCUUCCCAGUGCUUCCCUCCGGGGGCGCCGCCACACGCUCGCCCGCCCGCCCGAUUGUUAGGCGUACACACAUGCACCAAUCUGGAUCAAUACACACCUACAGACACACACCACCGCGACUUUCUCGGCGGAUGAUAAAAACCUCAAAUUGUUCUCAUUUUGGGGCUAUUCUCAUCAACCACAGUGUGGCACAGCUCCACGCAGGUGCACUGGUUAGACGAAAGUAUCGUUGUCGAGCGAUGUUGACCUCGGGAGAGAUCAGAUGCGCACAAUUCCCUAGCCCACAGAUUGUUACGUGUGCAGGCGCAUAUUUAGUUUGCAUCCUCAGGCAGACAUGAAUUAUCAGCCCUGGCUACGGAAAUGACCUCUAAUCAUCCUGGCGGGAAGCUCUCGCCGCUUGUCACGCUAGCAUUGAGGGACCGACAAUCCAACGACUUUUUGUAAGCUGCACUCUGGCCGAGUAAACCAUCGCAUCUUGGACACUCGCAAAACCAUCGGAAAGACAUGGCUUCCAAACCUGUGACCUUGACGGUCAAAUCGAGAGGUACAUUGCUUCCCGACGCUGCACAGACCAGGGUAACACUGACUCAAUUCUGGCAAAAGGCAAGCGUAUCCCAAAGCUUCCCAAGGAGACGAGCAUCUACAUUCAAGGCACUGGAGCCGAUCUAUACAGCCGGCUGGCCAACGAG